UGGAAAAAAAUGCUUGUAAAAUUUCAAUGAUUUGUAUGUUCAAUAUUUUACACGAUAUUAAAUUAUUGUAAUUUACAAGAUUAUGUUCUACUUUACUCUUUCGGGGAAAAUUAUAUAAAAAGUGUUUCCGUGGGCACUUGAGCACUUAUUAUGGAUCAGAUUCAUAAACAAACUCUGAACGAUGCUAAUUCGUUUGGGGUCAGACAGCAGACGUCUAUGGGCACUCUUAUAAUGUGGAAUAUAACGAAAGCUGUCGAAGCGAAUCCUAACAUUGAUUUAAAGACGGCGAUAAAAGCAACGCAGGAGCGUCUGGCCCACGACGCGGGCAACGCACUUUCGGCCCAGAGCUCGGAGCAGCAGUACCUGGCGUGCGCGCUGCUGGCAUGGCAACAGCUCGGACACAGCGACGUCGACAGCUUGUAUCAGUUCGUAGAAUCGAAGCGCAAGGAAUCUCCUGAAAAGAUGUGCGUGGAGAAAAUGAACCAGACACGAAAGCCAGAGCUCUGUCCGGGGAGUUUUAUUAGUUAUGAGGAUUCUAAGUUCUCGAAGGGAGUUGGUUCGAGUAGUUUCGAGUCGGCAUCGCUCAUGGGACCCGUGGUGAAGCUGCCGGUGGAAACGAAGAUCGUGAUGCGCCUGGACAACAAUGCUUGCUCGCGUCCCGCGCGUAGGAAACCACCUGACAAGGAUUUAAAGAACAAAAUCGAUGCUGCUUGUUGUAUGGAAUCCGCGUGCAUGGAGAAGCUAACUCAGCUCGACAAAGCGACGACGGAGCUGCGUCUACGUGCCGAACGCCUGGCCAGGCGGGAAGCCGAGAGGGUCGAGCUGCUGGAGCGAGCAGAGGCUGCCUGGAAGGACCUGGAGCUUGGCUACCAGCGGCGGCUGGCCCUCGCUGAGGAGAAGGAGGAGGACAUGACUAAACAUGUUAGCAAGCUAAUUGAAGAGCGAAACGGAUACAAGAACGCUUGCACAUCACUAGCGCAACAGUUGCGUGAGCGCGGCGAGAUCGCAGAGAAAGAGCGCGCGCGGCUCACAGAAGUUGAGAAGGAGCUGUGCGAGAACGCCUGCAUGCGGCUGCGCGUCAGCGAGGAGGCUGCCAGGCUGGACGCGGCGCUAGCUGAGCAACAGUGCAAGGCGGCGCAGGUGGAUAGGGAUUAUCAGGUGGAGCAAACUCGCCGCAAAGUGCAGGCGAUGGAAAGCGAGCUGGAGUCAGUUCGCGCGCUCACGUGCGAAGCCGAACGCGCGAUGCACGCGGAGCUCAGUGCCCUACGGCAGCAGGUCACGAAGGUCUCCCACCAGCUUCUGGAAGAAGACGCUGAAAUCGGGCAGAUCAAGGAAGAAAUGGAUCUACUACGGCAAGAAAAGCUUGAAAUGGUGGAAGACCUAGACGGCUGCAAAGUCCUGUGCGAUGGCAAAAUCCAGGGGAAAAUGGACGAUCUGAAGAAGAAGAGAGACCAACUGAAUGAACUUAAGGACCAAGUGAUGGAGUGCCAGUGCAAGAUGCCAGUAGACGCCUCAGUGGAGGCAAAGAGAACCCCCUCCCUGGCGGCAUUGUGCAAAUGCAGUCCUGAAGAUAAGUUCUUGGAUUCAUGUUCAUGCACGUCCCUGCGCACCACUCUCCUGUCAAACUUUUUGGCGGACUUGUUCGGCGGCCUGCAGUCCGAAUUGGGAGGCUGCACGUCGGAGAUGCCAUGCCAGCUGCUAAAGUGUCUGGAAGACAGGCACAACUGGGACAAGUCCUCAAUCAUCAAGACCAACCUCCGGAAUUAUUUCUCUCAGCUGCUGAUCGGAGAGCUGGAUAUCGCUAUUGCUACGUCUAUCGAGAAAUACCACGCAAGGUGGGUAGGAGCAUCUUGUGCGGACGCAGCACGAAUCAUACCAGACCGAGGUGGUCCAGAAACUGAAGGCUGGCAAGAGCGAGCUCUCGAACGGCGAGCUCAAAAGCUCGCGUGCAAGCUCGCCGAGCAACUGUUCCAGGAGCGAGCAGAGCAACUCACGGCUAAAGCGAAGGAGAUUGUCCGGACCGGUCCACCGCCCUGCGAAUGUAGACCACGACCAGCUGCGGUGUACCCUUGUCUGGUGAAGUCUCCAACUAUCAAUCCUGCGCCGACUGCGAACAGUGGGGCUGCGUCACCCGGGUACUGGCGCCGCACGCAUCAGGACGUCACACAGCUCAAGAUCCAGCUCGAAGAUCUUAAAAAGGAUUCGAUAAAAAAAGAAGACCUAAAGAUAAUGGAAGAGAACAUUGUGAAACUAGUCCAACGUGCUACGGUCACUGAAGAGAUACCAAUUGAGCAUACAAAAGAAAAGCAGAAAAAAGAAGAAAACAGGAAAAGCAAUUCUAUACAUAGAUCAGUAAAUACAGACCACUCUAAUAAACAUUGCAUUGCAAAAAAACUAAGUAUCAUUAGGAAAAAACCGUCUGAUUUGAGCCCAAAAAAACCAAAUAAAAAUAUUAUUAUGGGUCUACAAAUAGAAAAACCUGUAAAGCCUUAUAAGAAAAUAGGACGGUCAUAUGCGGUCAAUUUGUGUUUGUGUGGUUCACAGAAAGACAAAAAAAGUUUGAAACAGAAUACACUAGACAUUGAAAAUAGAAAAAACUUAAAAAUAGUUCUACCUAAAGAUACGCUCAGUACAAAACGGACUAAACCAAUAGCUUCCCAUGAGCCACCAGUUGAUAUAAAUAUAGGAAAAAAGAUUAAGGCCCAUCCUCUUUGUCAAAGUAACGCCGUAUGUUUUCAUAAACCACCGUCCAACACUUCUAUAGACAAACUACUUGAAACUUUGGCUAGAUGGAAAUGUGACUUAUCUAAUAUUGAUAGUAAAUGUAACCGUGGAACAAAAAGGAUGGUUGAUGUAAAUCCUAAUAUUGACACUAUAGAAGAUGAAAAUAAAGACUUAAAGCCUGACGUGAAAAAAGAAAAAGAAACAGAAAAGAAAUUAACUAAAAAUGUUUCUACCAAAUGUUCCAAAAAGGAAACAGAUGUUCAAUUCCAGUCAAAAUAUAUAUCUGCUAAUGUUUCAAGAGACAUUGAAUUUCAAAGCAACAUGCCCGUAAACACAGAAUCUGAAUACAUGGGUGCUGUAAAUCUAGAUAAAAGUAAUGAACUCGUAUGUAGGUGUUUUGAUGGCGUCGGAAGUAACCAAGAACAAAGUAAGGAUCAACAGUCUACAAUUUUAAAGUGCAUCGAUUCUAGGAAAUGUUGUUGUCGAAAAUCUGACCUGAAAAAUACACAAAAUUUUGAUAUUACACCUACUGUAUUAGAACAAAACAAAAGUGAAAUAACACCUGAAGUGAAAAAAAAAUCAGAAGUUGAAAUUCCAAAGGAAAGCAAAUUAGAGUCGGACAUCAAUCAUAUUGUAAAAACGUCCUCAUUAUUUCCAAGUGACUGUGAAUACUGUAUUAAAUUUUUAGGUGUAACGUUGACAAAUGCAACUCCUAAUAAAGUUGUAGCCGAGAAAGAUAUUUGUCCAAACAAAGAUCAUUCAUUACCUCAAAAAAAAUGUCCCAAACGACGGAACAACCAACCCGAAGUAUGGUUCAAUAAUUUAGAUAUGAACACUAAUAAGAGUACACCCCCUGCUGUACAACCUACAUGUUCCAGUAGUGUCAAAGAUGAUGAAUUUAAGAACUUAUCAGGAGAUGUUGGUACAAAACAGCAUGGUGAUUAUUGCAAGAACAAAGACAAAUCUCUCGAUACGCAAAGUUUAAAAGACACCACUGAGAAAGAUAGUUGUGUAUGUUGCAAUGUAGCUAAAAUAGACGAAUCAAAAGAAUUAGAACUUAAUGCUUUCCAUUUGUUAGAAACACAUUUACGAGAAAAGUUAGAAGAAUUUAAAUUAUCUAAUUGUAAAUCUUGUUGCAUUCCACCUAAGGAGGAAGAAAAACUAUUUUCGGCAAUAUUACAAAGAGUCAAGCAAAUAAUUACUGAUAGUACUAGUGUCAUAGCUUGCAAAUGUGCUCCUAAAAUUCCAGCUGAGGGAAGCUGGCAUAGAGCUUACAUGUUAUUGCAAGAAUACUUAAAAAUUAAGAUCAAAAGAGUUCAAUGCUUAUGCCUGUCAACAGAAGAUGACAAACAGGCUGUGUUACCUAAUGUGAUGGAAAAAGUAUGUACGUUAAUAGAUAACGACUUUCAAAGAUUGAAAGCGAUAUGCAAGUGUAGAAUUAAAACAGAUGGUUUAGAUCAAAGUCCUAAUACUGAGUGUCCAGAAAAGGAUAACUGUCGGACUCUUGAAGAUCAAAUCGAUACAGCAGCUGACUUACAAAACACUGAAAAAAUUAAUAAAGAAGUAUCUAAUAGAUCACUAAUUUUAACUCAAAAUAUAUCUUCGCAAUCACCUAAUAUAGAAAUGGAAACUAAAUCAUGUGAUAUUAUAGAAAUGUUCAAUGAAAACAAUGGACCCCAUAAAACAAACACAUGUUGUGGAGUGACAAAGUUCAAUAACUGCUUUUGCGUAGAAUCUUCAAGAGUAGGUAAAUCGUACGUUGAAUUUGGAACCCAAGAAAUAUUAAAUAUUUAUAAUAUGGGUAAGACUACAGAGCAAAUGUUUCAUAAAGAAAGAGACAAACCGAAUAUUUUCUCAAAGAUAUUUUUUUGGUGGGUGUGCCCUGUGAUUUGGAAUGGCAACAAAAGAGACGUUGAAGAAAGUGACCUGGUGGUGCCGAGCAAAGUGUACAAUUCCAAGAAACAAGGAGAGAAGUUUGAAAGAGCAUGGCUGGAUGAAUUGGAUCGAGCUGCCAGUAAAAACGUGAAGCCGUCGUUAGGAUGGGCGCUUGUCAGAGCGUAUUGGCUCGAAUAUAUGCCGGGCGCCUUUUAUGUUUUGACGAUAGUUACAUGCAGAAUAAUUCAGCCAAUGCUCUUUGCUCAAUUACUGCGGUACUGGACGGUGGAUUCCGACAUAGAGCGGUUUGACGCCGGCAUGUAUGCGCUCGGCAUGCUGGGCCUCAACUUCGUGAUUAUGAUGUGCCAGCACCACAACACACUAUUCGUUAUGACCUUCAGUUUAAAGGUCAAAAUUGCAUGCUCUGCUUUACUCUACAGAAAGUUGCUGCGGCUAAACCAAGUGUCGAUAGGAGACGUGGCUGGCGGCAAGCUCGUGAAUCUUUUGUCGAACGACAUAACGCGGUUCGACUACGCCUUUAUGUUCAUGCACUACCUAUGGGUGAUACCGAUCCAGACUGCAGUGGUGUCAUACUUUUUAUACACAGUAGGUGGAUAUGCACCUUUCGUUGGACUUUUUGGAGUGAUCAUAUUGAUAACGCCAAUACAGGCCGGCUUGACAAAGUUAACGGCAGUCAUAAGGCGCACGGUGGCGACACGAACAGACAAACGAAUUAAACUAAUGAACGAAAUCAUUAAUGGAAUUCAGGUCAUUAAAAUGUACGCCUGGGAGAAACCCUUUCAAUUAGUAGUGAGCGCAACGCGAGCCUACGAAAUGCAGGCCCUCCGGAAGUCUAUCUUUAUACGGAGCGUGAUUCUUGGCUUCAUGCUAUUUACGGAGCGCGCCAUUUUAUUCUUCACGAUGCUAACCCUAGUGCUUUCUGGGACAAUGGUUGCCGCCACCACGAUUUACCCAAUCCAGCAAUUCUUGGGCUCAGUCCAGAUGAAUUUAACCAUGAUAUUGCCGAUAGCCAUCGCUUCACUGUCAGAAGUUAAGGUUACCCUCGAGCGUAUGCAGAGCUUCUUAACGAUGGAUGAACGGGAAGAUGUAGCUGUAAUAAAAAAUGGUGCAAACGGUGCAAAUGGUGUUCAUAGAAACAUAUUUGCUUCAAAGACAAAAUCAGGAAACCAGACGCCGCAAAUUACUAAAUAUUCUGAAAUUGGUAAUCAAACACCAAACAAAACGCCUAUCCAAUCGAAUAAGUCGACCGAUUUCGCAAUCGAGUUGUCUGGGGUGAGUGCGUCGUGGACGAACGGCGCUCCGAGCGACGCAACUCUAAAGAACCUGUCUCUGCGCAUACGGCGCGGCAAGCUGUGCGCGGUCAUCGGACCCGUAGGCUCUGGAAAGACGUCUCUACUGCAGCUGCUCCUAAAAGAGUUGCCAGCGCAGACUGGUUCUCUCAACGUACACGGAUCCAUGUCCUACUCCUGCCAGGAAUCUUGGCUUUUCCCGGCCACUGUGCGGGAGAACAUACUCUUUGGGAUGCCGUAUGACUCUGAAAAGUAUAAAAAGGUGUGCGAAGCGUGUUGUCUAGCACCAGACUUCAAGCAAUUCCCGUACGGGGAUCUGUCUUUGGUUGGAGAGCGAGGAGUCUCCUUAUCCGGCGGUCAACGUGCCAGGAUCAACUUAGCCAGGGCUGUAUACAGAGAUGCUGAUAUCUAUCUUUUGGACGACCCACUGUCGGCGGUGGACGCUAAUGUCGGCCGCUUGUUGUUCGACAACUGCAUCCGAGGGCUGCUGCGCGAGCGCACGUGCCUGCUCGUCACGCACCAGGUGCACUACCUCAGGGACGCCGACCAGAUCAUCGUGUUGAACGAGGGUUCUGUAGAAAAUAUGGGCACUUACGAUGAACUAGUUAAAUCGGCCACAGAUUUCUCAUUGCUAUUGACAGAGAUGAAAGACGAUGAUGACGAUGCCGCUGAUCCACAAGGAAAGAAACGUCCAUCAAUGAAACGAGGAAUAUCCGUCAAAAGUAUGACCGAUGAUUCUGAAUAUGAAAAGGAACAAGUCUUAGGAGCGGAAGAACGAGCGAAGGGUAACCUGGAGUGGUCAGUCGUAUGGGCGUACCUGCGCUCCGUGCAAUCCUGGACGAUACUACUGCUUGCGCUCCUGACUCUGAGCGUCACGCAGGCUGCGGCUACAUUUACGGACUAUUGGCUCAGCAUGUGGACUAAUGCUGUAGAGGACUACGUUCAAGAUCUUCCUGAAGAUCAAGAGCCUGAUCCUGGUUUGAACACCGACUUAACUUUGUUGACCAACGGCCAGUACCUAUGGGUGUACGGUGGUGGCGUGCUGACCGUGAUUCUGUUCUCUCAGUUGAGGAUCAUAACUUUUGUCGUGUCGUGCAUGCGUGCCUCGCAGAAUAUCCACGACAUGGUCUUUAAAAACCUCAUCAUGGCUGUUAAAAGAUUCUUUGACACUAAUCCCUCGGGUCGAGUUCUCAAUAGGUUCUCGAAGGAUCUGGGUGCAGUGGAUGAACUAUUACCUAGAAGUAUGCUGGAAACACUUCAAAUGUACUUUUCUAUGGCAAGCGUGCUGGUGAUAAACGCGAUGGCUCUGCCCUGGACGCUCAUCCCUACUUUUGUGCUGGUGCUGAUAUUCGUAUUCUUGCUGAAGUUCUACCUGAACGCAGCACAGGCUGUGAGGCGAUUGGAGGGUACCACAAAGAGUCCUGUGUUUAGCAUGAUCAACUCUACCAUAUCAGGAUUGUCAACCAUAAGAUGCUCUAACUCUCAGGAUAGACUUCAGAAGCAAUUUGAUUUAGCACAGAAUCUCCACUCAAGCGCAUUUUACACGUUCCUGGGAGGAUCAUCAGCGUUUGGCCUGUACAUAGACGCUCUAUGCCUUGUCUAUCUUGGAAUAGUGAUGGCUAUCUUCAUUCUCAUUGAUUUUGGGGACAUAAUCCCUGUGGGUACUGUGGGUCUGGCCGUGAGCCAGACGAUGGUGCUGACGAUGCUGCUGCAGAUGGCGGCCCGGUUUACCGCCGACUUCCUCGCGCAAAUGACGUCUUUAGAGAGGACCCUCGAAUACACCAACCUGCCUAAGGAAAAGUACAUGGAUGACGGACCGACAGCCCCACCACAAACCUGGCCUACCAGUGGUAGCGUGGUAUUUGAGAACGUAAACAUGAAGUACGGACCUGACGAUCCUUAUGUUCUCAAGAAUUUGAAUGUUCAGAUCAAGGAUGGGUGGAAAGUUGGAGUAGUCGGAAGAACCGGAGCAGGAAAAUCUUCAUUAAUAUCAGCUCUAUUCAGGUUAUGCGAUAUCGAAGGAAGUAUUAAAAUUGAUGGCGUCGAUACGCAAGGCAUUGCCAAGAAGGAUUUAAGGUCGAAGAUAUCAAUAAUACCUCAAGAGCCGGUAUUGUUUUCGGCAACAGUACGGUACAACUUGGAUCCAUUCGACAACUACAGUGACGAUGAUCUUUGGCGAGCUUUGGAGCAGGUAGAGCUGAAAGACGCUAUCCCAGCAUUGGACUACAAAGUGUCCGAGGGCGGGACAAACUUCUCGAUGGGACAACGACAGCUGGUGUGUCUCGCGCGCGCCGUGCUGCGCUCCAACAAAGUGCUGGUCAUGGACGAAGCUACAGCCAAUGUGGACCCACAAACGGACGCCUUGAUUCAAAAGACCAUCAGGCAGCAGUUCACGGAUUGCACGGUGAUCACUAUCGCUCAUCGGCUCGUCACCAUCAUGGAUUCAGACCGAGUGCUAGUCAUGGACAAGGGUCAAGCCGUCGAGUUUGACUACCCCUACGUCCUACUCUCCAACCCUGACAGCCAUCUCAAUUUCCUCGUCAGGGAAACCUCCGACAACAUGAGCAAAGUGCUGUUUGAAAUGGCCAAAACUAAAUAUUUCAGUUCCAACUCGGAGAAAUAAACAGACUAAAACUUUUAGUCACAAUUUUCCUAUUGCGUUUUGCUGAUGUUUCCACCAAAGAUUAUUUCAGAGAAUUCUGUGGAAAACUGCAGUACCUUUAUCAAAAGAUAUUAAAAAAGGAAUAUGAAUUGAGAUAAUUAUUCUUUAAACUCUGUAAAUAAUUAUAUUAUUAUGUAGGACGUAGGUAGUUGUUACGUACAAACAAAUUAAUUUUAUGUACAGUUAUUUUGAACCGGACUGUUAAAAAAAAACAGGCAGCUGCUGCAGUGUGCACGACAAAUUACAAAAAUAAUGUUGCCAAUAUUCGCGGGGUGAACCAAAUGUUUGUUCAUUUUGUUCAGUACCGAAAAUAUUGUUCAAGACGCGCCCUGCAGUAGGUAAACAAAAUAGUUUUGUUUUAAUAUUUGGAAUUGACGUUAUAAUUACGAAAUGAAUGAAUUUUCUUUGAAUUGCUGACUCUUGUCGGCGAAGAAUGCAAGAAACAAAAAUAUUAAUAAUUUAGUUAAUAGGACAUUACGAGGAAAAGCAGGCCCUCUUACUCAUUGCAUUAUACGCCUGAGUAUUGCUUUUAACCGACUUCAAAAAAGGAGGAGGUUCUCAAUACCGUCGCGUCGGUAUUUUUUUAAUGGACUAAUUACAUUUGUCUUGAAAACCAAUGAUAAGAAUGACUUUAUAAUAAUGUUUAGCAUAAUUAAGCAACAUUGCAAAACCAGUUUUGAAAUGUAAUCAAAACUAAAGAGCAUCAAUUUAA